AUGUCAGUACCACCAGCAAUUGUCUUCACCGAUUGGGAUGGAACCGUUACUUUACAGGAUUCCAAUGAUUAUUUAACUGAAAACUUGGGUUUCGGUUAUCCUAAACGUAAGGCCAUCAAUGAUGAAAUCUUAGAUGGUUCAAAAUCAUUCCGUGAUGGUUUUCAAGAAAUGUUAGAUUCAAUCAAACAACCGUUCCCUGAAUGUAUUGAUUACUUAUUAAAACACGUUCAAUUAGAUCCUGGUUUCAGAAAAUGUUAUGAUUAUUGUGUUUCCAAAAAAAUCCCAAUCAUCAUUAUCUCUAGUGGUAUGAAACCAAUUAUCUAUAACUUAUUAAAACAUUUAGUUGGUGAAGAUGCUGCUGAAAAUAUCGAAAUUUACUCCAAUGAAGUGGAAUAUUUUGAAAAAGCAAAUGAUUUAGGUAAAACCUGGGAUAUCGUUUAUAAAGAUGAUUCUGAUUUUGGUCAUAAUAAAUCCUUAUCUAUUAAAGAAUACCUCGUUUCUAAGAAUUUAGAUAAAACCAAUUUCGAAGCUCAUUACAAAGAUUCUAAAUAUCCAACCUUAUUCUAUUGUGGUGAUGGGGUUUCAGAUUUAUCUGCUGCUAAAGAAACUGAUUUGUUGUUUGCUAAACAUGGUAAAGAUUUAAUUAUCUAUUGUAAUAGGGAAAAUAUCCCAUACACUGAAUUUAAUAAUUUUGAUGAUAUUUUAUCAAAAUUGACUAAAAUCAUGGAUGGUGAAGGAAUUGAAAAAUUCAUUGAAAAUAAGUAG